AUGGAUCAUGUUGGAUUUGCAAUGGUAUUGUAUGGAAUAUUUAGUGUUGUAGGGUCGACCGUUUGGGGAAAGGUACAUGAUAGUUUGGGUAAACGCGCAAUGGCACAUUCUUUAACAGCCAUUUUUAUAAUCUCUACUAUUCUUGUCAUCAUUGGCGACGCCUACAAUAUCAUGAUUCUAUUUUACAUAGCAUGUGCUUUAAACGGUGCCUAUGAUUCACUCCAAACAAUGAUCAUAUUUUCAACCAUUGCAACUAUUUAUCCAAAUGAUAAUAUCUCUCAAUUUUCAACAACAAGAUUUGUAAUGUCAAUGAGUACGGCGGUAUCAUUUUUCGCAUUCAAAUAUAUUCCAUUUUAUCCAAUUAUUGGUUGGUUGAUUGCCAACGUUGUAGUUUCAGUCGUAAUGUUCCAUUUUAUUUUAAAUAGAUUAGAUAAGAAUCGUACGACCAACAAUUCAUCAACUCCAAAUGAAAAUCAAGAUGAUCAUUCAAUUGAAUUAACAAACAACAAGGUUGGAGGACAACAAGAAGCAGUUUCUAUACAAAUUCCAAACUCUUCUAAAAAAUAUCAAAAUAUUGGACAUGAUGAUGAAGAAUAUACUAUAUUCUUUUAUUUAAAUUUAUGGGCAUCAGAAAGAUAUCCACAAAUAAUACAAAACCUUGUAGAUUCAAAUCCACCAGAAUAUGAUAAUUUAUAUUUAGAUAUGAAUGGUAUUAUACAUGCAUGUUCACAAGAGAUGACUACAAAAUUGAUAAGAUUUUCAGAGGAAGAAUUAAUUAGACUAGUUUGUAAUUAUAUCGAUAAACUGUUUCAUAUUAUUAGACCAACCAAAUUGCUGUACAUGGCAAUCGAUGGUGUCGCACCACGUUCAAAGCUGAAUCAACAAAGACAACGUCGUUUCCUUUCGGUGUUUAGAGAGGAAAAAGAAAAAAAGGAAUUGAUCAAAGAGGGAAAAGAACUUCCCGAGGUGAUAUUUUCUAGAAAUGCCAUUACACCUGGUACGGAAUUCAUGUCGAAUCUGUCAGAGUGUUUGCAGUUCUUUAUCAAGAAAAAGAUAUCGGAGGAUCUCAGCUGGCGCGAGAUUGAAAUCAUAUUCUCGGGUCCAGAGAACCCAGGCGAGGGUGAACACAAGAUCAUCGACUAUAUCAGAAAGUACAAAGCCUCGCCAGACUGGGAUCCCAACCAGUCACAUUGUCUCUAUGGGCUGGACGCCGAUCUCAUCCUCCUCGCACUCGUUACGCACGAGCCACACUUUUCUAUUCUGCGUGAGGAGAUUGCGUUCCGUCCACAGGCAAACAAGCAACUCGAUUUUCAACUACUUCACAUCUCGUUGCUGCGAGAGUACAUGGAGCUGGAGCUGAAAUGCGAACUGGACUUUGGCUACAGCUUGGAGCGCAUCAUUGACGAUUUCGUGUUGGUGAUGAUCUUUUUUGGCAAUGAUUUCCUUCCCCAUCUCCCUUUUUGCGAGAUCUCGACCGGCGGGCUCAACAGCGUGCUCGAACUCUACAAAAACUCGCUCAACGAGCUCGGCGGCUACCUCACCGACGAGGCCGAGAUUGAUCUCGACCGUCUGGCCGUGUUCCUCGCCAAGAUCGCCGUCUUUGAGCGCAAGCAGAAUCUGACUGUCGGCGAAGCCGAGGAGAACGAGGUGGUCGAGGACAUGCUGCUCGAGAACGACGUGCAAGACGAUGAGGAGAAAAAGGAGAUUGAGCGCAGGGCGUUUGAGCGUCUUAAAAACCACUUUGGCGAGAUCACGUUUGAAGACGACGACGUGGAGGACAUCAACGACUACUGGAUCAACGGCUACUACCGUUCCAAAUUCCCAGACUUUCCCGAGGAGAAUCGGUCGGCUAUCGUCGACUACAAGCGUCAUCUCGUGUUAAAGUAUGUCGAGGGUUUGUCGUGGGUGCUCAACUACUACCACAAUGGCUGCAUCUCGUGGCGUUGGUACUACCCCUACUACUAUGCUCCUUUGGCAGUCGAUAUGCGUGACCUCUCCAGUCUCGAGAUUGAGUUUGAGAGCAACGGCCCAGUCACACCUUUCCAACAGUUGAUGAGCGUCUUGCCACCACAAAGCGCACAUCUCUUGCCUGCUCCCUACCAAGAACUCAUGACAUCGGCCGCAUCGCCCAUCAUUGACUUUUACCCCACAGAGUUUGAGGUGGAUACGUCCGACAGCCAUUACUUUGACGGUAUUGCCGUCAUUGGGUUCCCCGAUCUCGGAAGGUUGCUCGAAGCUACCGCCGCCGAAGAUUCGUGGGACUUGACCGACAAGGAGCGAUCUCGUAACGCCCUGCGUAACGCCGUCAUCAUCUACCACGACGCCGAGCAGGUCGUCAGCGAGCCAUCACCCAACUUGCGUCUCUUCCCAUCGCUCGAACACUCGUCUGCCAAGACUGAGGACUUUAUCCUGCCGUUUUACGAGGGUCUCAAGCCAUUCCGUCUGUGUGAGGGUGUGUUGUUGGGUAGUCACUCGCCAUCGGGUUUCCCCACCUUUGCUGUUGACGUUGACUUUACUUGGGAGUACAAGAAUGCCGUUGUCAACAUUUGGGGCAUGAAGAGUAGAAAAGAGUCGAUCAUUGUGCAUCCACCCAUCCCCCAACUCAACAAGGACAAGACUGCCAAACAGAUGACACUCGCUUCGAUCAAACAUUGGAUUGGCAGACGUUGCUAUGUCAACUGGCCAUACAACACUGAAGCACUGAUUGUCGGUUUCUCAGACAGCAACCAAAAGAUUUCCAUGUUGGAGAAUGUCAGCAGUACCAAUGGAACGGUCCGUCUCACCACUCAAGACUACUUGGCCGUCCAAAAGGUAUCCUAUCUCGACCAAUUGAAAAAGAUCCCAAUGGACUAUCUCACCAAGGGUAUCGAUGUCAGUGAAGUCACAAGUAACACCAUUCUCGUCCACGUCCGCAAGAUUGCAGGUAUCGAUGUUGAAUUUGGUGGUCGUACAGUCAAAAGAUACACGGAAAAAGAGUACCAACUGCCCAUCCAACUGAUGGUCGAGUAUGACAAGGUGCGUGCCGACUCGCGUUACCUAGAGACCGAAGAGAUUCCAUUUGCCACGCGAUUCCCUAUUGGCAAGCAGGUGCUCUACACCAACCCAGACCACUUUGGUGCUAUUGGAAAGGUGCUUGGACACGCCGACGAAUCGACCGAGACCUUGGAUCUUGAACUCAAGGUUGGACAGAGUGGACCAGACUUGCACUUUGGACACCGUGUCGCCAAGGAAGAGACCGACGAAUACUUCCCCAUCCAACAUGUUUGCAAGGCUACCGGAUUGACCAACCAACAAUUGUCAUUGUUGACAGGUGGUCUCUUUAUCGACAAGCCAAUGACCGAUAUUGGUCUCAACAUGAAGUUUACCGGUCGUAACCAACAAUUGAUGGGGUAUUGUCGUGGUACCACCCUCGGUGACCGUAACGGUGGCACCUACAAAAAGUGGGAGUUUAGCAACGACGCCAUCCAACUCAUCAUGGACUAUCUCAAGACCUUCCCCAUCAUCCAAAAGAUUUUGGUUCUCGUCAGUCAACCAUCUGACGACAAGAGUAGUAGUAGUGGUGGUGGAAUUCGUGCAAUCGAUAUUUCAUCGCUCAUCUCUGAAAAGACUGAUCGCGUUGCCUUGGUCAAGUCGAUCGAAGAGUACUUUGACAAGACUGGUAUCCGUAGAAAGCGUUAUGUCCCAUGUGACAGCUUGUCGCUCAGCAAGAAAUCGAUCAAAAGAAUCGAAGAUCAUUACGGCAGACUUGCAGCCGCUGCCAUUCUCAUCCCCAUGAGAACACGUACCCAAUCGGACAAGGUCAUCGAGCCAGCCUCCUACGAAUCAGUCAUCUCUUAUGAAAAACAACAUGUCAUCCAAAAGGCACAUGAACAACAACUCCAAAAGGAACGCAAGUAUGGUGGAGGUAGUGGAACGAGUAGUCCAGGCACAUCAAGUCCAUCCAAGCCAAAACAACAUGAACGUCAGUUCCGUCUUGGUGACCGUGUCAUCACCAUGUUGGACAAGGGUAAUGUUCCAUUUGGUCUCUAUGGCACUGUCGUGUCGAUCCAAGACCAAAAGGUUGACGUUGUGCUCGACAGAGAAUGCUUUAGUGGUAACAACCUCGAAGGGUUCUGCUCUGAAAAGAGAGGGUUGUUUAUCAGCAAGUGGCGUCUCUACAAUCUGUCUACACCCGAUGCCAACUAUCGUCGUGCAACCAAGUCGGAAAAGGAGGGUGGUUACCGUCUCGGCAGCUUCCCAGAGUACGACUCGAACGAGUACUGGAACAAUCUCAAGAUGACCAACGACCAAGACCAUGGUGUCGUCAAGAUCAAGGUCAACCAUCAAGCCAACACCAACAUGGUCCAAAAGGUGCAACAACAAACUCAAAACCUCAACUGGCAACAACAACAAGAGGUCUACAGACAAAACCAACGCAAGACCUACCACACUCGUCAAGACCAGUUUGUAAAGACCAACUGGGAGACGGAAGAAGAUCACGCCACCUACCGUAAAACAUUCCCCAAUGUUCAAACACAACAACUCAAUUGGCAACAAUUGGAACAACAACAAAAAUCUGCUGCAAAACAACAACAAAAAGGUGAAAAGGCUGGUAAAGGUGGUAAAAAAGGACCAAAGGAACAACCACAACCACCACAACAAACCUCUGGUCAAACACCUGAAUUACUUCAAAAGAUAUUUGAUUCUUCAAAGAUUGUUCCAUCAACAAAUGGAAAUAAUACUGCUGCUGGUGAAUCAUCAUCAUCGGUUCAACAACCAUCUCAACCACAACAGCCACAACAACCACCACAACCACUUAUGGGAUUGAUUUAUAAUUCUUUAGAGUCACAAAAGGAUGGACCAGCUGAUCACCAAGCUACUCCACCACCACCACCCUAUGGAUACCCUCCAGGUCAAAUGCAUCAUCCAAUGGCACCACCACCUUUUGGAUUCCAUCCAAUGGCUCCACCACCCUAUGGAUUCCCUCCCAUGCAACCAGGUCAAAUGCAUCCAAUGCCAUAUCAUCCUCAUCAACAACACCAACAACAACAACAACAACAAGGUCAACAACCAAGACAACCAAGACAACCAAAUCCAAGAUACCAAAAGAAAGAUAAACCACAAAACAACAACAACAACAACAACAACAACGAUACUAACAACAACAAUAACCACCAACAACCAAAAUCACCACACCACCAAAAACAACCAAAGUCACAAUCACCACAACAAACCAAUACCAAUACCAAUACCAACAACACUAAUGUUCACACUUUAAAGGAUGUAAAGAAAUCGUCACCACAUCCAAAGAAAGACAAGGUAUGGAUUGCCAAACCGAAAACCUCACCAACAAACAGUCCACCAUCCACAGAAGCAUCGUCGCCAGUUGCACCAUCCCAACCAGCCUCGACGAACAACAAUGCCUCUACAUCGGAAUCAAACAAUUAA